AUGACAUUUGUCUUUUAUUUCCCAACCCCUAAUAUUCAACAACAACAACAACAAUCAGCAUUAAUAUAUCAACAUCCUCAAAAAUCAUCUUUUCAACAUUCACCCCAACCCCAAACAUUUAACGAAAAUUCCCUAAAUUUACUAAAUUCACCAAUUAAUCAACAACAAAUGUCUGAACAACAACACCAACAAUUUAAUUUUCAUCAACAUCCAAAUUCUCAACAAUUUCAACAACAACAUUUUCAACAUAAUAAUUGGCAGCAACAACAAACAUAUUGGCAAAUACCGCCAAUGAGAAAAGAAUCAAUGCCAGCACUUCAUUUCAAUGAUCAUCAAACAUAUCAACACCAUCCUCAUCACCACAACCAACCAAAUAAUUAUUUGCCACAAAAUUUAAAUGAUGGAAUAAUCCAACAACAAAAACAUCCACCAAAUAAUAACAUUAUUCGAUCACAUUCAACAGCUAUAUUUUGUGUUCCUUCUCCUUCAACACAACAAAAUAAUAAUUUAAUAGAUAAUUCAAAUAAUUUUGGAAUAAAUAAACAACAAGAUUAUAGAAGAACAAAAUCAAUUGUUUUGCCACCAACAAACGGAAAUGGCCGACAAACAGAAAAUAAUUUUAAUAAAAAUAAUUUCAAAACUUCAUUAACAACUCCCUCACUUCGCCGUUUUAAUUCCCAACUACGCUCCCCUUGCCGUUAUUCUUCUGAUUCUUUAAAUCCAACAACUCCUUCUGGGACUCUACCUCCAUUUAAGCCAUAUACACCUCCCCCGAUUCUUUCACCAAUGAGACAAGGAAGCGGGCUUUUUAAUAAAAUUGCUUCUUCCCAGAAAGAAUUUCGAAAAUAUUCUGCACUGGCGUCUACUUUAGUUUAUCAAAGUGCCAAUAGCAAUAUUGGUGCUAACGGCAGUAAUAAAAAUUGUAAAGCAACACUGGAAGGAGGAGAGGAAAUUUUAGGAAGGGGGAGAAGACGAGAAAUUUUUGGAGAAGAAGAGGAAAUGACAACAAAAAAUGAAAUUAUUGUAAAAGAAGAAAUUGUGGAGGAAGAAAUGAGAAUUGAUGAAGAUGGAAAAUUAAAAAAAGGAGGAGGGGAAGAAGAAAGGGGGGAAAUACAGAAUGGUAGUGGAAUUGAUAAAAAUACAAGAAUAACAUCUCCACAAACAGCAGCAAAUGGCGAUUUAAGACCACCCAGAAAAAAUGGGAUUUUAUUUGCUGCAGAUGGUCCUUCUAACAAUGAGUUUUCUUUUGUUGCUGAACUGGAACAGUUACGUAAACAAUCUUCCUCUUCUAAUCGUUCACAUAAAGCAUCUAUAUUUGGCAAUUAUGGGCGUAUGAGUAUUCGUCAUGGAGGAAAAUUAUCGUUGGGGGCAUUUACUUCUCCAAAUGAUGAUUUUAUCAGAAAAAUGUCCUCUGUUUCAAUGGAAGAACAACAAAGUUCAGAAAGUGGAGAUGGAGUGGAAAAACCACCAGAAAGUGAUGCUAUUCCACAUAUUAAUCUUGGAAAGAGUUUUCAAGCAAGAGUUAAGAAAUGGGCUGACAGAGCUAUUUCCUCUGAAGAAAGAGAAGCAAUCCCUGACAGAGAUGAACGUUUAUUUAAUGCCUCAAGUAUUGAACAUAUUUCUCAGCAAGCUUUGGCUGCAUAUGAAACAUUAGCUUGUUCUGUAGCCCUCCCAAAAUCUGGAAGAAAUAAAGAAUUAGCUUUACAUAUAUUGGCAGAAAAUAGAGGGAAUCUCCAAGCUGCUGUUAUGGAUUUACUUCGUUGUGAUACACUUGAUUGGGAACAGUAUCCAGCAAUUUAUAAUAGUCGUUAUGUUGAUGUAGAUAAUUGGAGCCCCGAAGAAAUUGCUUCUUUUCAAGAUGCAAUAUAUAAAUCAGAAAAAGAUUUUCAACAAGUUUCUUCUGAAUUAGGGAAUAGAAGUGUUUAUGAAUGUGUAGCCUUUUAUUAUACUUGGAAGAAGGCAUGUCCAGAUGAUUAUAGAAAAUUGAGAAAUUUAAGAAGGAAAAGGCAAUUGCUUGAACAACAAUUGGAUCUAGCCUCAUUUGACACUCGUCAACAACAAUUACAAAAACAUCCCAUGAAAAGAAUGCGGUGUGGAAUAGACAAUUUAAUUACAAAUUCAGGGGAGGACGAAAAUGAAUUGUUAAAAUUAGAUGGAAAACAGGACGAAGAAUUAUCGGAAACAGAAUCUGAUAUAACAAAUCCUUCUCUUUUAAAUGUAAAUAUUCAAGGAAUGGAUUGUUGUUCUCCAACAACAAACAGAAAAUUAUCUGGAAAUCAACAAUGUCCACCCCCAAUAGCCCCAAUCCCCAUUUCUGCUUCAAAUAUACUUGGAAAUGAUGGAGGAGGAGGAGGAAUAUCUUCAUUAAAUCAACUUUCUGUUUUACUUGGAAAUCAACAACAUCAAAAUACCUCAUUACAACAACAUUUUAAUGGUGGCAGUAAUAAUUCUUUAAAUAAUUCUAAUUAUCCGUGGUUACACGGAACUGAUGGAAUAUUUCCGUCCCCCUCUUCCUCAACUACCUCAAAUAACAACGAAACACAUUUUGGUGUUGGCAAUCAUCACGAUGGGGGAUUAUUAGGUGGAUUGGAAACAAUAAUGACAGCAGAUUUUGAAGGCCGUAAUAAUAAUCAUUUUGGAGGAACACAUAAAGUAAAAGGCCAGCAUGGAGCAGCAGUUAAAAAAGGUGCCCAACCACAGGCUGAUGGCUUCUUUCAUUGUAGACUAUGUGAAAAACGAUUUGAAAAAGUUAAAUCAUUAAAUGCUCACAUGAAGUCUCACGCGAUGAAGGCUAGAGCUGAGGCGGAAGCUUUACAAAAAUCUCAACAACAACAAUCUUCUCUAGCUUUUCCAGUCCCUACAAAAAAAGAAAUUAUUUCUUCCUCUUCCCUUUCAAACAAUCAAGAAACGAAUCAAGCAGUUGCUGCUGCAGCUGCGGCCGCUGCUUCUAAUCCCCUUGCUGGGGCUUUAGUAGCCAGUUCUGUAGCUUUGGGAAUGCCACAAGGAUUGCCUAGUGCCCAAGCAGCAAUGGCUGCUUUAAAUUCUUUGGGUAGACAAAUACAGCAACAACAACAACAGCCUUUUACUUGUGCAAAUUCUGGCUUUGGUUUAUUAAGAAAUAUGCUUCAAUAUGGACAGCAACAAGUAGCUGCUGCUGCUGUAGCUGCCAAUGAUGCUGCACAACAAACAAAUGCUGCAGCUACUGCAGCGGCUAGAUGGCCGGGAAUUUAG